GUAGGGCUCUUCCGGUGUCAUGGCGCCCAGGUCUGCAGCCUGAUCACUUUACUGAGAGCUGCGCUGUCUUGACCGCAUUGCUCCAUGGCGCCCACCGGCUUUGUGUUGCGUGAGAAGGACCCCGGGAGACACUGAUGCCACACAAUGGCGACGAGAGGUGUACCACUGUGAUAAUACUGUCUGGAUUGCUUCAUCAGGAGAAGGGGGAUUAGAUGAAAAUAGUCCAUGAACAGAUACAAGACUGCAACUUUGACCAAAAGACACCAAGCUUCAGCAAUGCUAAAAAAAAAACCCAACUACAUUUUUUUUAGUUUUAAUUUUUGCUGAUUCUGGCUACCCUUCUUUCUCACCCUUGUAGAAAAGAUCUGGAUUUUUAUUGUAGGUUUCUUUGCUGCCUCUUCUUUACCCUUCGCGGGCUGAAGACAGGUCUGCCUGGUACUGUCACCUCUAAGACUGGCUUGUCACUCCUUUGCAGUGACAUAUCUCUCUGAGGAAAGAGCUGACACCGAGCCUUUGUUAUGUGUUUCAUGACUGACCGGAGACUGCAGUCCUCAAAAUCCCACUGAGGCCUGCUGCAUCCCCACACUCUGGAGCACCCCCUCAUGUCGGGAUACUGGAGAAGCCAUGGAUUGGCACAGUGAGAUAAAGCAGUGAGCUUCCCUUCAAGGCGCCCCUUGGUGUGGGCUGUGCACCUCCCAGUGAAUGUGUAGGCACCAGGCGCUGACGUCUGCUGGCUUUUUUACUGUAGCUGGAUCAGAAAUGCAGCUCAGGAGGCAGUGACCUUUGAGGAUGUGGCUGUGGACUUCACUUUGGAGGAAUGGGCUCUGCUGGAUCCAUCCCAAAAGAAGCUCUACAGAGACGUGAUGUCAGAAACACUGAAGAACAUGUCUGCUAUAGAACACACCCAGACUGACCAGCAAAUGGAAAAUGGGAGCGAAUAUUGGCAAAGAAAUCUAAGAAGUGAAGAUGUAGAGAAAUGCUACCAGUAUAAAUUAUGGAAUCCACAUAGAGAUACAUCUUUUUGGACUUCAGACUCUAACAUUAACCUGAAAACACUUGGUUCACAGCCAACUGAAAGCCUUGCUUGUAGAAAUUCCCUGAUUGGUCAGUCAUCAGCAGAUGUGCCCACCAGAGCUCACAGUGCACUCAAAUCAUGUGAGUAUCCAGUAUUGGAAAUGAAGCUGUCUAAUGAACAUGGGGAAACCUGCAGCUGUUUCCAGUCCUUUCAGAAGCGUGCAGCCACAAGCCCUGAAUAUAAGCACUGUGAGAAACCCUACUCUGAUUUCAGUGAAGACGAUCACAUUGGAGAGAAGCCCUUUCUAUCUAAAGAAAAAGCUAAAGCCUUUGUAUGUAAGCAGUGUGGGAAAGCUUUCACAAGUAACUGCCAUUAUAAAAUGCACGAAAGAACACAUACUGGGGAGAAACCCUAUAUAUGUAAGCAGUGUGGAAAAGCUUUCACCAGCAACAGCAAUUAUAAAACACAUGAAAGAAUUCACACUGGGGAGAAACCCUAUGCAUGUAAACAAUGUGGGAGAGCCUUCAGGAAAAAAAGUCAUUGUCAAAGACAUGAAAGUACUCAUACUGGAAAGAAACCAUAUGUAUGUAAGCAAUGUGGAAAAGCUUUCAUCACACGAGAUAAUUGUAAAAAACAUGAAAGAACUCACACUAGAGAGAAACCCUAUGUAUGUAAGCAGUGUGGAAAAGCAUUCACCACUCAAAUUUCCUGUCAAACUCAUGAAAAAUAUCAUACUGUGGAGAAACCUUACGUGUGUAAGCACUGUGGGAAAGCUUUCACCACUCGCAGUUAUUGUCAGACCCACGAAAGAAUUCACACUGGGGAGAAACCAUAUGUGUGUAAGCACUGUGGGAAAGCUUUCAUCAGUAACAGCACUUACAAAAUACAUGAAAGAAGUCACACUGGGGAGAAGCCUUAUGGAUGUAAGCACUGUGGAAAAGCAUUUACCACUCAUAGUUAUUGUCAAAUUCAUGAGAAAACUCACACUAGGGGAAAGCCUUAUGUUUGUAAGCAAUGUGGGAAAGCAUUUACAACUCUGAGUUGUUGCCAGAUCCAUGAAAAAUCUCACAAUGGGGAGAAACCUUACAUUUGUAAGCUCUGUGGAAAGGCAUUUACCUCUCAGCGUUAUUGUCAAACCCAUGAAAAAGCUCACAAUGGGGAGAAACCCUAUGUUUGUAAGCAGUGUGGGAAAGCUUUCAUCUCUCACAGUCAGCGUCAAAUACAUGAAAGAAGUCACACUGGAGAGAAGCCGUAUAUAUGUAAGCAGUGUGGGAAAGCUUUCACCACUCACAGUAAUCGUCUCACACAUGAAAGAAGUCACACUGGAGAGAAACCUUAUGUAUGUAAGCAGUGUGGGAAAGCCUUUCCUACUAGCGGUUCAUUUGGUAGACAUAAGAUGAGUCACACUGGAGAAAAACCCUAUGUAUGUGAUCAAUGUGGGAAAGCAUUUCCUUACCACAGUUCAUUUUAUAAACAUAAAAGAAUACACACUUCAUAGAAAUCCUACGUGUGUAAGCAAUGAGUAAAAGCUAUUACCAGUCAGUGAUUUUCAAAGACAUAAAAGAAUUCACUCUGGAGAGAAACCUAUGUAUUUUAGCAAUAUGGGAAAGCAUUCAGUGUACACAGGUGUUGUCAAAUGCAAGAAAGUCAUACUGAAGAGCAAACAUUUUUAUGUAUGUAAUCUGAGAAAGCCUUCAGUUAUUCCAGUUAUAAUAGAUAUUAUAAUGUCACAGAGGCAAAUUAAUUGAAUAUGUAAUAUAACACUGAGAGAAAAGGACUCAGUUCAGGAAUACAGAAAAUCUUCAGUACAGACAGCUAUCAGUACAUGCAUGGAAGAAUUCAUAGUCAGAAAAUCUGAACAUAUGUGAGCCAUGUGAAAAAGGUUAUAGUUUUCCCAGUGCAUUCAUGUACAUGAAUGAAUUCACGUGGGCGAUAAACCACGUGUAUGUAAUCAUUGGAGAAGACCCUUCAGUUCUUCCAGUUACCUUGAAAUAUGUGAACGAACUUACACCAGAAUGAAACCCUACAUAGAGAAUGUGAGAAAGCAUUUUGUUUCCUAUAAUGUUAGAAAAACAUGAACAAGUUCACACUCAGUGUUAACAUGGAUGUGAGAAGUCUUCAUUUAUAUGUGAUUUUUUUAUAUGAACAUUGUAUUGUGGAGAAAUCCAUAUAAGUGUAUAUUGUGCAGGAACAGCUCUAAUCACUUAUUCUUAUCAACAUGUAUAUUUUGUGGGAACACAUCUCAUUUUGGUUUUAUUCAUAUUGCGAAUGAACACAGUAUAGUGACAAGCCAUCUAUAUACAGAAAAUACACCAGAAAUAAAGCAGAUUGGAUCAAAGUCCUGGGUAUGCAGGGUUCUCAAUUAUAAGUUGUAUUAUCAAAAUCUUUGGAAUGAAAUGCAUUAAUGACUGAUGUACUGAACAGUGUGCCUUAUCUUUAAUUAUGCUUAGACCCUUAGCCAUCAAGUAGCCAAUAAAAUAAAAACAUUUAUUUUGUAAUGAAAUAUGACAUAUCUUAUGUAAUAUAUGAAGUAUACUAAGAUGCAGGGUAUAAAUUUUUACACCCUGCAAGAGGUGGCUUAUUUCACUGUAGCUCAUUUCUGAUUCUUACUGUCAUCGGGAAUUUUAAUAGUGCACACUGCUAUUCUAGCCAAAGAUGAAAGUAGAAGAUAAUUCAUCCUGAGCACAUUUAUUUACCCAUCUUCUUGGUAUCAGUUAAGCUUACUGGCCCCAGUGGUUCCUAUCUGUAAUCCUGCAUACUUAGAGAGCUGGAUCACAAGGUUAAAACCAGCCUGGGCAACUUAGACCUUGUCUGAAAAGAAAAUAUGAAAAGUCUAUGUGCAUAGCUCAGUGCAUAAUUUUAUUCCUUUUAUUUUAUAUUUGAGUCAGGAUUGCCAAGUAAAAAAUACACACACAUUAGGAUGAAGGUGAUGGUUUUAAGAUCAUCGCUGUAAUUGUUUGGCGUGUAUUCUUUUACCUAAUAUUCUUAGUGUUUUUCAUUGCUAACUUAUUUUUUCUUUUUUGGACUUGUGUGAAUAGUACUUAUUUUAUCAGUUUCUCCAAAAGCCAGAUUUUCUUAUUUUUCUUUUGCACAUGUUUAAUGUCUGUUGUGUAUCCCACUUUGCUUACUCCUUGAUCAUAUUUCCUAAAUCAUUUUGGAUGUGUUAUCUUUCUUUUAU